UAGAAAUCGAAAAACCUGUAGGCUUUUCAAGGCGCCAUGCUGAGUCGCUCGGUCCUCCUCGCAUGCAUCGCAGCGUCGGCGUCAGCCUUCGCUCCCAGCAGGCUCCCAGGCCUCUCGUCUCCUCGUCUCUCUGCUCCUGUUUCCAACAGAGCAGCUCCCAAGUCCUCGGUCAAGAUGAUGGGCAUCUUCGACGACAUCAUGAAGGCCUUCGGAGGAAUGGGAGGAGGGUCAGACCAGGUCAACUGCGGUAUCAACGGCUUCGGUCGUAUCGGUCGUCUUGUUGCCAGGAUCAUGAUCGAAGAUCCUGAGUGCAAGCUUCUCCACAUCAAUGCUGGGUCUGCCACCCCCGACUACAUGGCUUACCAGUUCAAGUAUGAUUCCAUUCACGGAAGGUUCAAGGGAAAGGUUGUGGUUGACGGAGACGAUCUGGUUAUCAACGACCAGCGCAUCGUGACCACCAGGGCUCGUGAUCCUAAGGACAUCGGAUGGAGCAAGACUGGAGUCGAGUACCUCUGCGAGUCUACCGGAGUCUUCCUGACUGCUGAGAAGGCGCAGCCCCACAUUGAUGCUGGCGUGAAGAAGGUUGUGUUUUCUGCUCCAGCCAAGGACGACUCCCUCACUGUUGUCAUGGGAGUCAACCCCGAUGACUACAAGGGCCAGACCGACUUCGUCUCCUGCGCCUCCUGCACCACCAACGGCCUUGCGCCCCUUGUGAAGUGUAUCAACGACAAGUGGGGAAUCGAGGAAGGCCUUAUGACCACCAUCCAUGCCAUGACUGCCACUCAGGCUGUUGUUGACUCGUCCUCCAGAAAAGAUUGGCGUGGGGGUCGUGCUGCCUCCGGAAACAUCAUCCCCUCCUCCACUGGUGCUGCCAAGGCUGUUGCCAAGGUUAUCCCCGACGUCAAGGGCAAGCUCACCGGCAUGGCCUUCCGUGUCCCCACCAUCGAUGUCUCAGUGGUUGACCUCACCUGCCGCCUCAAGACUGAUGCUACCUACGAGGAGAUCUGCGCUGAGGUCAAGCGCAGGGCCAACGGAGACAUGAAGGGCUUCCUUGGCUACUGCGAUGAGCCUCUUGUUUCCACUGACUUCGUGUCUGAGCCAACUUCCUCCAUCUUCGACGCGGAGGCCGGCAUCAUGCUCAACCCUCGAUUUGUCAAGCUCGUGGCAUGGUAUGACAACGAGUGGGGCUACUCUUGCCGUGUCAAGGACCUCAUGAAGCACAUGGCCAAGGUGGACGCCAAGAUCGCAGCUUAAUCUGCUAUAUUCUUUGCUAAGGUGGAAUCGCAUAACAUAAAAUUCAUCCGAUGUCUCGGGCCAUUUCA